UCCAUUCCAUGCAUUCUCCUAAAACUUGUCAUCUCUCUCAUCCAAAGCAAAACCAAACAUUCCCUUACUGUUUUCUUGGAAAACCAAGAUAACUAAUUUGUCCCAAUCAUUUGUUGUUGUUGUUGUUGUUGUUUAAAGUAUUGGUCAUAUAGAAAAGAUGGAGAAAGGAUACGCUAGCGAUCACUCGGAGACGGGGAGCGUGAGGAGCAGCCGAGUUAGUUUUAGCGGUCCGUUAGUGAGCACCGCAAAAAACAGCAGACUCGACCAAGAAUCCUAUGUUGAAAUUACGCUUGAUGUUCGGGACGAUGGUGUUUUGGUCCACAACAUUAAAGGGGGUGAUCAAGAAGCCGCAUUGCUGGCUAGCAAGAUGGAGAAGAGACGCAAUAAUCUUGGGUCGCAGCUGUCUAUGCAUCUCAGGCAGGUCUCCAAUGAGCUCAGAAGAAUCACUUCUUCUAGGAAACUUGAGAAUCUCGACCGGACUAAGUCCGGGGCUGCUCGUGCUCUCCGAGGUCUUAGGUUCAUUCACAACAACGUCCUCGGAAAUGAAGGAUGGUCCGACGUUGAAACCCGGUUUGCUCAGCUUUCUGUUGCUGGGAUGCUUCCCAAGUCUUUGUUUGGCAAAUGCAUUGGAAUGAACGAGUCGGGCGAAUUUGCAGAUGAAUUAUUUGAUGCUCUAGCGAGAAGAAGAUGCAUCACAACACCCUCCAUAAGCUUGGCCGAGCUGCGAGAUUUCUGGCAACAAAUUACCGACACUUCCUUCGAUGCCAGGCUGCAAACCUUCUUUGACAUGGUGGACAAAGAUGCAGAUGGCCGAAUCACUGAAGAAGAGGUCAAAGAGAUUAUCACUCUCAGCGCUUCUGCCAAUAAGCUCUCCAAAAUCCAAGAUAAUGCUGAGGAAUAUGCAGCUCUCAUUAUGGAAGAACUGGAUCCAGAUAACAUGGGACACAUUGAGCUACACAAUCUGGAGACAUUACUACUGCAAGCGCCGAACCACUCAACAAACCUUGCCACAAACAGUCGUGUUCUAAGUCAGCUACUGAGCCAGAAACUGAAGCCAACCAAAGAGCCCAACCCCUUGAUUAGAUGCUACAAAAAGCUGAAAUAUUUCAUAGAGGAUAACUGGAAGAGAAUCUGGGUGAUGGCAUUGUGGCUAUCAAUCUGCGCCGGGCUCUUCACCUGGAAAUUCAUUCAAUACAAGCAUAGAGCCGUUUUUGACAUCAUGGGCUAUUGUGUCAGCACUGCAAAAGGAGGAGCAGAAACCACUAAGCUCAAUAUGGCUCUCAUCCUUCUGCCUGUCUGCAGAAACACAAUCACUUGGCUAAGGACUAGAACCAAGCUAGGGGCUAUUAUCCCCUUCAAUGACAACAUUAAUUUCCACAAGGUGAUAGCUCUGGGAGUGGUAGUCGGUGUAGGGCUGCAUGCAAUUUCGCACUUAACGUGUGAUUUUCCUCGGUUACUACACGCGACAGAUGCAGAAUACGAACCAAUGAAGCCGUUCUUUGGGGAUGACAGACCAAACAACUACUGGUGGUUUGUGAAAGGCACUGAGGGGUGGACUGGUGUGGUGAUGGUAGUGCUUAUGGCCAUAGCUUACAUACUAGCACAGCCAUGGUUUCGGAGGAAUAGGCUCAACCUCCCAACAACAAUCAAGAGGCUUACUGGAUUCAAUGCCUUUUGGUACUCACACCACUUAUUUGUCAUAGUCUAUGUCCUCUUCAUAAUCCAUGGGUACUUCCUCUAUCUCCAGAAGAAAUGGUACAAGAAAACUACAUGGAUGUACCUUGCUGUCCCAAUGAUACUAUAUGCUUGUGAACGCUUGAUUCGCGCAUUCCGGUCUGGCUAUAAGACAGUCAAAAUCUUAAAGGUUGCAGUGUACCCAGGGAAUGUAAUGGCACUUCAUAUGUCUAAACCCCCAGGAUUUAAGUACACAAGUGGACAAUACAUCAAUGUGAAUUGCUCAGCUGUUUCACCAUUCCAAUGGCAUCCUUUUUCGAUUACCUCUGCUCCUGGUGAUGAUUAUCUAAGUAUUCACAUUCGAACUGUUGGUGACUGGACAUCACAGCUCAAAACUCUCUUCUCCAAGGUGUGUCAGCCUCCAAGUAGUGACCAGAGUGGGCUUCUCAGGGCUGAUAUUCCACAAGAAGAGAACAUGCCUAGAGUGCCAAGGCUAUUGAUUGAUGGUCCAUAUGGGGCACCAGCACAGGACUACAAGGAGUACGACGUCGUCCUCCUAGUCGGCCUAGGAAUAGGCGCGACGCCAUUGAUUAGCAUAGUAAAAGAUGUGUUGAACAACAUUAAGCAACAAAAAGAGGAGGAAGAAGGGACAGUAGAGAGCGGUGUGAAGGGCACAAAGAAAAAGCCUUUCGCCACAAGACGAGCCUAUUUCUAUUGGGUUACACGGGAGCAAGGGUCGUUCGAGUGGUUCAGAGGGGUGAUGAAUGAGGUGUCUGAGAACGAUGAGGAAGGGUUGAUCGAGCUCCAUAACUAUUGCACCAGUGUUUAUGAAGAAGGAGACGCCCGCUCGGCCCUCAUCACCAUGCUUCAGUCCAUCCAGCACGCCAAGAAUGGGUUGGACAUUGUUUCUGGCACCAGGGCUAAGACUCACUUUGCCAGGCCAAACUGGCGCCAGGUGUUUAAACACGUCGCCGUUAAUCAUCCUGAUCAAAGAAUUGGAGUGUUCUAUUGCGGUCCGCCUGGCCUGGUUGGAGAGCUGAGACAAUUGUCUCAACAUUUCACCCACAAGACAACCACAAAGUUUGAUUUUCACAAGGAGAAUUUCUAACCUAUAUCUCAAAUGUAACAUAUAUAAUUUUGUUAAGAUGUAUUUUUCCUUACUAAGGUGGUUGUAAAAUAUUCAAUAUAUAAUUUGUUUGUUUAUGCAAAUUGAGGUGAUAUUGGUCUAGAAAAGAUUA